UUCUUGUUCUUUUUACCGCUUGAUCAUAUGGAGAAUGUCAUUGACAAGAUCAACCUCCAUGCAAGGGGUUGCUGUGACUGGAUGGAGCGAUCUCACCUUUGUGGAUGCGAACGGCAACCAACGAGUUUCAUGAUGGUCUGGGAUAUGAUAUCAAUGGUCGUAGUCGUCUCGUCAUAGAAAGGUCAAGCAAUAAUGUUACCAAGGAAAACAUUGAGCACACCCAGGACGACACUGUCUAGACACUCCAUGCGUCAAUCGAGAUGCUGAUCUCGUUCGUCCGUCGCCAUACCGCUGCGUUCUUCGCGAGCCUUUGCUCUGUUGCCUCAUUUUCUUUCCAGUGCGUUUGCGCGACCAUUACCCUCUCUACUACCACCAUGGGCCACGACAAUGUUGGUGCAUAUGUACGCUCAGACGUACGGUCAGCGGAUGUCCCGCUCAUAUUUCAAAACCGCGCCUCAUGGAUGGAUGUAUUCGAACUCAUUGCCUAUCUUUAUACGUCCCUCCGAGAGCAAGAGACCAUCUUGGAACAGAUAAUGAAAGAAAGCUCUGGUCUCAUUCCUGUUGAUGACCAAGAUCGUGGAUUAUGCGUUCUGGCUGGAACAUGAAUCGUUUACUUUUCAUAUUUAUGCUACUAUCCAUUAGCUAUGGCUUACCGUGAAUGCAAGGAAUGGCAUAUCGAAAGUGUAGGUCGUUCACUUGCGAUGGGUUUAAACCCUGCUGCUAUAUGUGUAUUAAAGAGUUUGAUAAUGCUUGCAACGCGCAACAAGAAUAA